CGGAGGAUCGAUACUUGCUCGUCUUUGUCUCUUCUCUAUCCUCAAUCUCGAUCCCAUCCCACCAUUGUUUCUGCUGUUCCACCGUACCCACAAAACUCCACUUAGAUGAUGAGAAACCAGCCUUACGUGGGGUCGCACCACUAUUCCACCCAAACCAUGGCCGACGGCGGAGACCUGUCCUACCUCGAUUACUAUUUCGAGCAGGACGCUGUGUCUGAGUCUGCGCCGGCCCCGGUGAACCCGCAGGGGAGCAAGAAGAGGGGGGCGUCAGAGAUGGAGGUUGAGGCGCCGCAGGGGCAGGGCGUGGUGAAUCUGUGGAAUGAGAUGGGGGCGAGGGAGCCGGGGUUUAAGAGGCAGAACUCGCUGUGGGAGUCAAUGGAUACCAGUGGCGGGCUAGCGCUUCAUGUGGUGGAGUCAUCGGUGGGGUUUGGGGUGCCGCAUGUGCAGGGCAUGGUCAACCUGGGAGCAGAGUGGAUGGGAGGGGUGCCGUCGGUCUCGGGGGCGCGGGGGUCCAAGAGGCAGCGCUCGCCGUCGGGCUCAAUGGAGACCGCUAGUGGCGUGGACAGCAAUGAAGACGGCGGAAGCGAGAUCGUGGAUGAGUAUGUGGUGCUGGCCACGGUGACGAGGGAGAAGGGCGUUGGCGGCGGAGGGAGGCGGCUGUGGAAGAAGGACCGCCACAGCGCGUGGUGGGACACGGUUAGCAGCUCGGGCUACCCGGCGGCGGACUUCAGGCACCAUUUCCGCAUGUCCCCCUACACGUUCCAGGUUCUGUGCGAGCAGCUGGCGGCCGCCGUCCGCAAGGAGGACACCGCGCUGCGCGCCGCCAUCCCCGUGCAGAAGCGUGUCGCCGUCUGCGUCUGGCGCCUCGCCACCGGGGAGCCCCUCCGCAAGGUCGCCGAUCGCUUCGCCAUCGGGGUCUCCACCUGCCACAAGCUCGUGCUCGACGUCUGCGCCGCCAUCCAGGCCACGGUCGUGCCCAACGUCAUCCAGUGGCCGGACGCCGCCACCAUGGCCACCAACGCGGCAAAGUUCGAGGCCUUGUCGGGCAUCCCAGGCAUCAUCGGCGCCGUCCACACCACCCACGUGGCCAUCAUCGCGCCCAAGCACCAUGUCAUCAACUACUUAAACCCCCGCGCCACGGCGCGAAAGAGCAAGACCUGCUACAACAUCACCCUGCAGGCGUCGGUGGACGCGGACGGGACCUUCACCGACAUCUGCGUCAGCCCAGGCGCCAUGGCCGACGAGCAAACCCUCCUCCUCUGGUCGAUGAACAAGCCCAAGCUUACCGAGGAGACCCUUGGCCAGGGCAUGCGCGUGGUCGGCGGCGCCGGCUACCCGCUCACGGACUGGAUGCUGGUGCCCUACUCCCACCAGAAUCUGACGUGGACGCAGCACGAGUUCAACCAGAGACUGGCAAAGGCACGCGCCGUGGCCGUCACCUCGUUCCAGAGGCUCAAGGCGCGUUGGGCCUGCCUCCAGAGGCGCACCGAGGUCAAGGUGGACGACCUUUCCGUCAUGCUCGGCGCGUGCUGCACGCUACACAACAUCUGCGAGCACAGCGGCGAACCCUUCGACCUCCAGCUGCUGCACGGCGUGGAGCUCGACCUAGACGACGACAACCACAUGGUCGCCAAUGACCCCGUGCCCUCCCCCGCCGCUGCGCAGAUGCGAGACACCAUCGCCCACAACAUGCUCCACCAUGCCACCGUGGCCGGCGCUGGGUCUUUCUACUAGCUAGCAGCUACUGUACCUGUUUCAUUUCUUGACCGGAUCGAUCAGCCGCCGAUCCAGAGUACGUAAAAGAAAUAAUUAAGGGAGUAGGGCACCAAAAUUCAUUUGUUAUUUAGUUUUUGUUGGAAGGGGAAGAGCGAAAGUUUUCUUCUCGAGACUAGUCAUUCCAGGCAAUGUUUUCUUGCUUUUAGGUUCGGACACAAGAUUAUGGUUUGAGAUAUGGACGCGCCCAAUGCGAGCCGUCGGAUUCAAAACGAACGCUAUCUAGGUCGUUUGGAUCUGAAGCGAACGUCCGACUAGUCGGAGAUUAGCUUUGUCGUUGUUAGGUAGGUGGGGAGAUUCGAACCCAUAUGGCUUGAGUUGGAAGAUUUGAACCCAGGUGGUCAUCGAAAUUUUGUGGACCAAAAUUCUAUGAAUUUGAAAUGAAAGUGAUCGAGUUUGUUAAA